AAAGAGAGAGAGAUGAGAGGAUGAGAGGACUGCAGGACGAGAAAAAGAGAAGAGCAGGAGGAGAGGAGAUGAAGUGGAGUUUGAUAGCGGAAUGAUGGUGAAGAGUCUGGCACUUCCAAAAUAUUUCCCAGAAUUUCGUAUUGGACACGCACGCCCCUGAGUGCCAUGUGCGUCGUCAAUUCGCCUUUGUUGCCCCAUGGACUCCGUUUAGAGAUGUGUAACUGUGUGCCCUCGCUCUCAUGGACUCCGUUUAGAGAUGUGUAACUGUGUGCCCUCUCUCUCAUGGACUCCGUUUAGAGAUGUGUAACUGUGUGCCCUCUCUCUGUGUACCUUACCCCGACAGCAGGGACACGCGGGACUGACUGGGCGCAUCUAGAUAAAGAGUGCUUGUCCUAAGCCCCACCACCUCUCAAUUAGCGGCGUUCCAUAGGUGGAGAAGGCCAAUAAGAGUGGACGGCAUCCCUGGGUCCUCCGCAGUCCAGUGCUCACUGCAGGGAAGGACAGAGACAGACACCCUCCCCCCCACAACCACCACUGCCACCAACAGCGCUGAGUUGCCCUCCCCUGCAAAUUCUUCUGCCUAUCUGCUGAGCGAGCGGUGACACGAGUGACGGAGAAGCCUUUGCCGCCAGAAUGACUGAACGCUACGACUGCCACUAUUGCAAGGAGUCCCUGUUUGGGAAGAAGUAUGUGCUGCGGGAGGACAACCCGUACUGCGUCAAGUGCUACGAGAGCCUCUACUCCAACACCUGCGAGGACUGCAAGAAGUCCAUUGGCUGCAGCAGCAGGGACCUGUCCUACAAGGACCGCCACUGGCACGAGGACUGCUUCCACUGCUUCAUGUGCAAGCGUUCCCUGGUGGACAAGCCCUUCUCCACCAAGGAUGACCAGCUGCUGUGCACCGAGUGCUACUCCAAUGAGUACUCCUCCAAGUGCCAUGAGUGCAAGAAGACCAUCAUGCCUGGCACCAGGAAGAUGGAGCACAAGGGGAACAGCUGGCAUGAGACCUGCUUCACCUGCCAGCGCUGCCAGCAGCCCAUUGGCACCAAGAGCUUCAUCCCCAAGGACAACUUCAACUACUGUGUGCCCUGCUACGAGAAGCAGUUCGCCAUGCAGUGUAUCCACUGCAAGAAGCCCAUCACCACCGGCGGGGUGACAUACCGUGACCAGCCCUGGCACAAAGACUGCUUCCUGUGCACCAGCUGCAAGCAGCCGCUCUCUGGCCAGCGCUUCACUUCCCGCGAUGACUUUGCCUACUGCCUCAACUGCUUCUGCAACCUCUAUGCCAAGAAGUGCGCCUCCUGCACCACCCCCAUCAGUGGUCUUGGAGGCAGCAAGUACAUCUCCUUCGAGGAGCGCCAGUGGCAUAACGACUGCUUCAACUGCAAGAAGUGCUCCGUGUCCCUGGUCGGCCGUGGCUUCCUGACCGAGCGUGACGACAUCCUGUGCCCCGAGUGUGGCAAGGACAUCUGAAGGGCAGAAGGAGAGAGAUAGAUGGAGAGAGAUACAGUAGAGGAGGGCCCAUAGGAGCAACAUGUUGGGAGAAUUCUAAAGCAACCAGACACACAAACAAAAAUGGCCGCUGAAACAAGAAUGCCGUAUGAAAGUGAUAUGAGAAAGAGAGAGAAUGGGAUUGUAUAUUUAGGCAUAUGCAGACUGAUUCAACUAUAGCUAACUGACGAGUACUAAUCAGUUAACAUCUUUUUUUUCUUUUUUUCCUCUUUGGCUUUUGCUCAGAGGCUUUUCAUGUGCACUGAUAUGACACUUUCAGCAACCAAACACAAGAAAAAUACCAAAUACAGAGAUAGACGACAGCAUAGGCUAUAUUUAUAUAUAUAUUUAAAAACUAUAUACAUAUAUAUUUUAAAGCACAAAUCGGUAUAAAUCUAUUCAGACAGCCUCAUGUCCUCUGUCUACCACCUUUGAGAACGUUUUAAGCAAGUCUUCAAAACUGUUAGUCAUGAAUUUUGUAGUCCUCUGAAGACUUAAAGCAAAGUAGAACAAACUAAUACUUUUUUGAAUUAUCUGGCUUUGCUAAUGCAGAAUAAACACAUCAGUCUUCCUAUGUGAAUUACUUACACUGUGAAAGAAAUACAUCCCAACUACCAAGAGUGCCUUGUUCAUGACAACCAAAUUUUAAAUGUACCUUGUAUUUGAAGACUUUAAUAAACUAUUAAAAAAACAGCAAAAUGUGUCUUGCUCUUGGAUG